AUGGUGAACGUGACUAUAGCCGGUGGCUCUGGUCAGGUCUCCCAAGAAAUAAUUGAUGCCCUCAUAGAGUCAUAUAAACACCAUAUCACAAUCCUAAGUAGAAAGAAUACUCCACCGAGGCCCACAAUAUCCCCGCAAAUAUCCUGGAAAGCUGUAGACUACAGUAGUAAGGAUAGCCUAACCAAAGUUCUUGGUGGCACUCAUACCCUCUUGUCAUUUAUCCAGAUCCUUUCAGAUACAGAUCAAGUAUCGCAAAAGAACCUUAUCGACGCAGCAAUCGCCGCUGGUGUCAAAAGAUUUGCGCCGAGUGAAUAUGGAAGCAAGGGAACUGUUAACAUGCCGUGGUGGGACGGUAAGGAAAAGGUUAGGGAGUACCUCGAAGAAGUUAACAGCAAAGAACAGGUCCUCGAGUACACCCUAUUCCAGCCAGGUCUGUUUUUAGACUACCUCGCCUUCCCGCAUAAAACAUCCAAAUAUGUCGACCCCCUCCAAACCAUCUUUGACUUCCAAAAUCGUCGCGCAAUAGUCGUUAAUGGCCAUGAGGAUUCCAUCAUGACAUUCACCACCGUCAAAGACCUCGCUACCAUCGUUACCAAAGCUGUCGAGUAUGAAGGGAAAUGGCCUUCUGCCGGAGGCAUCAUGGGCAACAAAGUCACCUUUUCAGAGUUGCUUGAGAUCGGACACAGAGUAAGAGGUCGCCCUUUCAGUGUUGAUUACGUGAGCGUCGAAGACCUCGAAGCCGGCGACCUCAACACUUCAUGGAGUCUCGAGGCAGUUCACCAUGCGGUCGCCAAUGACCAAGCUGCUGCCAUGCUGAAAGCAGUAUCAAUUGGUAUUCUACUCAGCAGUACAAAGGGUGCCUGGGAUAUCUCCGAUGAUUGGAAUGAGAUUUUCCCAGACUACACUUUUCACGCCAUCGAGGACUUUCUCACCACCGUUUGGACCGACAAGGCAUGA